CUAAGCACUUUAUGUUCACACACAGGAGCAAGUACUUCGGCUACAUUGUAUUUGUGUUAAGCUAUUUGGAAUUACAAGAAUAUUAUUGAGCAUACCAAAAACACCAAUAAAAAUGUUUUUCAACUCAUUAUCAAGGUUGCAACCAAACACAAGAAAAAUGAGUAAGUUUACAUAAGUUACGAAAUUUUAGACUUUCAUGUUAGUUAGGGACUUUAUGUGGUGUUGAAUUGCUUGUUUAGAUCGUUAGUUAGUACUUAUGGUUAAAUACUUUAUUCAAAAACUAAUCUAAGUAGGCUUUUAGAUCUUUUUUUUAUAGCAUAAGGAACCUUCCUAAAGGCGAGUCCUUUGGACUCGCCUCUAGUCAAUAAAACCUACGAGCAACUAACCCACCCGCCAAAACCAAUUGUCGGGUAAUCCAAGGGUAUUCACCCCUGACGGGCUAAGCACCUUAUGUUCACACACAAGAGCAAGUACUUCGGCUACAUUGUAUUCGUGUUAAGCUAUUUGGAAUUACAAGAAUAUUAUUGAGCAUACCAAAAACACCAAUAAAAAUGUUUUUCAACUCAUUAUCAAGGUUGCAACCAAACACAAGAAAAAUGAGUAAGUUUACCGAAACAAAUUAGUUGAGUAGGCUAUUCAAUACCCUCAAAAGUUCUACCAAAAUGGGAAUCAAACUUCAAGAUUGAGUUAAUUGAGUUCUAUGGUAGCUUGAAUUAUGAAGAAUUCAUGGAUUGGCUUAACCAAGUGGAAAGAAUCUUUGAUUUCCAUGAGGUACCAGAUUCCAAGAAGGUGAAAUUGAUCUCUAUCAAGCUAAGAGGGAGAGCUUCAGCCUGGUGGAAACAACUCCAAGUUCAAUGAGUUAGGAGGGGUAAAAGAAAGAUCCAAGAUUGGUGCGAGAUGAAGCAGAAAAUGAUAAACCAGUUUCUGCCUUUCAAUUAUAUGCAGUCCUUGUACAAACAACUGCAUAAUUUGAAGCAACAUGGCAGUGUGGAAGAGUAUACAGAGGCAUUUUAUCAACUGGUAACUCAAGUAGGCCUGAAUGAGAGUGAAGAGUAGAUGGUUGCAAGGUUCUUGAGUGGUCUUAAACCAUCAAUUCAAGAUGCCUUAUCUUUGCACCAACUGUGGACUAUCUUUGAAGCUUACAAUAGAGCCUCGAUGUUUGAGAAGCAACUUGCAAGAAGAGGUUUGUGCAGUUCCCAGCUUAUAGUGGUAGCAGAAGUACCCAAGUCAGUACUCAAUGAAUGCCAACUACUAAUAGUGCACAGCCUUUCAAGAUUGACAAUGUAGGUCUGCCUUCAACUUCUGGUGCAGCCAAACCAGUCCCUAAAGCAGCACAACGUUUUAAAUUUAAGUGCUACAAGUGUGGAGAAGCUAGGCACAAGGCCACAAAUUGCAAGAAAGGGGGAGUUAAUGCUCAAGGCAAGAGUAAAGCUUUGAUGAUUGAAGUUUGUAAAGACCAAGAAGAUGAAGAAUUCCAAAUAUAUGAAGAAGAAGAAGAAAUGUGUGAUAGUGUAUUGAUAGUUGAAGACAAUAGAGGAGGGGAAUGUAUUCAAGAACCCGUAUAUGAUCAAUACAUGGAAGAAGAAGUAGGUGCACAUAUAGAGGAAGAAAAGGAUUUAUCAUUAGCAACAAACGUCUUGCAAGUUCCUAAGAAAGAAAUGGAGGAUGACGAGUGGCUUAGAAGAAGUAGUUACAAGGAUAUGGUGUCACAAGAAGUUUUUAACAAUCUUCAAUCAAAGAAUCAAGACCAGCCCCAACCACAAAAGCUAUCUUGCUUCAAGAAAGGAGGUGAAGUUAGAGAUUGAAAGUUCUUAGUGUUCUUAAUUAAUGACUUUCAAGAGUUCUUUGUAAUGUGGCAACCAUGGAUGUUUGCCAUCUCUUACUUGGGUGUGAAAGAUUAUGUCCAUAUCAAACCAUUUCGGGUGGAAGGAUCAACACAUCCAGGUUAUACAAGAAAGGAGAUCGUUACACAUUGCAGCCAAAGAAAGGGAAAGCUAGUCCCAAACCAAUGGUCAGAAUGAAGGUUGGAUGCAAGAGCAUCUACAUGGCUGCUUACACUUGCAGCCUUGACACAAAGCAGCAACAGAUCUUAAUGUCUAAAAUGCAGCAGCUUAAUACAGCAACUAAUGAGAAUGUAGAUCAGUGGAACUACCAGAUCAUAUGCACAUCUCCAACAGUUUCAAUUUGCAUCACUUGCUGCCCUAUCAUGCACCAGAUCAGCUUACAACUAGCCACACUUGAGGACAAGUAUGUUCCAAAAAGGGACAGUCCUAAUACAGUUCAUUUUUAAAGCUAGCUAUUACUAGCUUAUGUUGUAUAAUAAGUAGUUUCCUUUUACUUUAUCACCUGAAACAGAAAAUUGGUUAGCUGAUAGGUUGUUAGUGAUAAGUGCAAUAGCCUAUUAGUUAGUUAGAGAAGUAAGUUAGGCUUUGGCCAAUCACAUGGCAGCCACAUGGUGGGUUCUUGUAACUAACUCAACAGUUUGCUUAUGUAACUAUAAAUAAGCAAGCUGCCCUCAUUAUAACUAGUGGAAUUUGAAUCCAAGAAAUCUACCUAUGAGGUAUUAUUCCAAGAGUGUGUCUCUUGAAGAGCUAGUUCAUUCUUUCUUUUAUCUAAGCAACUUAGCUUUCUAAAACAUCUUUCCUUUUCACCAUUUUUCCUCCAUCAAAAACCAUCCACGACUUCCAUCUCCCAAUCUUGAAUAGAUUGACAAAGAAAGGAUUCCAACUCCAUCCGCCAACAAAGGCAUCCUUAUCCACAGCCAAUGUAAACAAAUAAGGGAACCUGUCGCUAUUAAAAUCACCGCACCAUGGAUUGUGCCAAACUUGACCUUAAUUCCAUCCCUAAUUAAAAUUUUGAGAAAUCUGCUAAAAAUCCCACC